AUGCUAUCGAAAGAUGUGGCCACCGUCCGCUUGUCCAAUCUUGCACGUACGACUCAAAUCGUCGAUAUUUUCCGAUUUUUCGAAGCCCGUGGACUGAAACAAACUCUUCGCUCCUCGCUGUGUACAAGCACUGCGGCUCGAGACGCUAACCUCGUCGCAACUGUGACAUUUGAGACACCAGCGGAUGCGAAGAAAGCACUGAGUUGCGAUGGCGAGAGCCUUGGCGGCAAGAGCAUCAGGGUGGACCGGGACUUCUAUGGCCUCACCACCAUUUCUUCUCCAGCGACACACGCGCUUGACAUCAUUGCAGUGCAUGGUCUCAAUGGACACGGUUAUGGAACGUGGACUUCCGCCCGCGAGGGUAAAGGAGGCCAAGAAUUCAUGUGGCUUCGAGACUUGCUUCCAAAUGAGCUUCAAUCUUGCCGAAUCGGUAUCUAUGGAUACAAUUCCACUUUAUUAGGAUCAAAUACAUCUGUGAGCACGGUUCAAGACUUUGCAAGAGAUCUCCUUCAACGUAUAUUGAUCUACACGGAGGAAUGUUAUACUCAUACGGUUGCUAACACAGAUCAACAAAUCUAUGGCCGGGUCAUUAAUAGUGUCCAAGCGAUUUUAUUUCUCGCGACGCCUCACCGAGGUAGUCAUACAGCAAAAGCUGGGGCACUGCUAUCCAACGUAGCAAAAAUAGCCUUCCAGAAACCUCCGACGCAGCUACUUAAUGCUCUUGAAUACGAUUCAGAGAUCGUAACAAAGCUAACGGGCGAAUUUCGAGCUAUUCAAUCCCGUUUUGAAAUUGUCAAUUUCUAUGAGCGAAGAAAGACUUCAAUGAAGAUAGUCGACGAGGAUUCUUCUUGCUUGGAAAUGCCGAAUGAAGUGCUUGUGCCUAUAGAUGCAACCCACAGCCAAAUUUGCAAAUUUCGUGGGCCAUCCGACCCAAAUUUCACCAUUGUCUUAGGUCACCUCAAGCGCUCAGUAAGGCUUUCGGAGAAGAGAGCAAUCAAGUCUCAAAGUAGCACUGGCCGCUUGGAGUCAAUUGAUAGGGAGAGAACAUCAGACAAAGCACAGCAUUUUGCUCGUCCGAGCAUAUUGCAUGAUGGACGACGCAAUGCAAUUAUCCAGCAAAAGCUCUGGCGAUGUGGCAUAUUUGACGUCCCACAUGCAAAGAAUCCCAACUUCCGGGGCAGAGAGUCUGAAUUAGAAAGGCUAGACAGCCUUCUCAAGAAUGGAAGCAAUACCACGUCAGGAUCGGCAAAGACAGUUGCCAUCUACGGCCUUGGUGGAGUUGGAAAGACACAAUUAGCAAUCCAAUAUGUUCACAAGGCGCGAGCAGAAUCGGCGGAAUUAUCAAUAUUCUGGAUUUCAGCCCGCGGGAACGAAGAAAUUGCUGCUGGCUUGCUGUCAGUUUUCCAAUUGCUUAAUAAGACGAUAGCAGGUUCGACUGAGGACGAGACCUCCUACGAUGCGAAAUCAGCCAGACCUUUUCUUUCUUCUCACGAAAACACUGAGGAACAAAACCGAGCGAAGCUUAAGGAGUGGAUGUGUUUGAAAUCAAGCGGGGACUGGCUAAUGGUAUUUGACAAUUUCGAUGAUUUGAAGAUUAAUUUUCAUCACCAUAUUCCAAGGGAAGCAACAGGGAGGGUAAUAUUUACAACGCGAGAUCGGAACAUCAUCGGACUUUCAGCAUCGGCUGGCAUCGACCUUCGGGCCAUGGACUACCAAAAUGCUCGCAUGCUGUUCCUCAGUCUUAGUAACCCUUUCGUCGAGCCUACGUUUGACACAUUACUAGAAGAUCGUGAGAAUGAAGCCUUGGAUCAAAUACUAGAUGAUUUACAAUACUUUCCGCUUGCCAUCGAUCAAGCCGCGUGUUUCGUUCGAGAGAAUGCGCCAAUGUCGUUGCAGGAAUAUUGCAGAUAUCUCCAGCCUCGUAGCGAAAACCGAGAGCAAUUGUUAAGAUUCAAACAGGCAAAUCCAGACUAUCCGGAAUCGGUGAUGACUACAUGGGAAAUAUCUCUUGAUUAUUUGAAUCGAGUCCGUCCUCAAGCCUCCCAAAUCCUGCAGCUCCUAGGGUUCUUGAACAACGAAGUGUCUGAAGUAUUAUUGACAAAUGCUUUGUGUCAAAUACCGUGGGAACUGAAGUUGAAGCUCGGCGCGAAGCAGCUUCCUGCAGAUAUCAUCACCGAGCUCACAUACCUUAAAGAUGACGUUAAAUUUCGGAUCGCAAUCGGUACUUUGGCAUCUCUAUCUUUAGUGCAGAGGAGCGUCGAACGUGGGACGUUGACCGUUCACCCCCUUGUGCAUGAAUGGAUCAGAGUUCGAUUGAACCCUUUCCCUGAGCAGCAGAAGACUCUGACGACGAGUGCAUGUCACAUCUUGUUUCAUCACUUUCCCGGCGAGCUUGUCAUGAACUUUGGAGACACAUCUUACCGCGUGCAGCUCUCUGAGCAGAACCGACUUCGCGCAGAUUGUGUCAAAAGCCACUUGCCAAGUACCUUGAUGAACAUACGCGAAUACGGCAUUGGAAGCCGGGGGCUAGAAUGCUACCUCCUCUGCGAGACGUGGUUUUUGGGAUGCCAAAAGGAUUCUCCAGGGUAUCGAAUACCUGCUUGUAGUAUAACAAAAGACGUAUUGCAAACUCUGGCAUCUGCCAUUCGCAGUAUCAUCCCACAGCUGCCAGUGGAGUGCAGGGAAAUCGCAAAACUUAUCCACUACUCAUCAUUCGUAGACGGACACGGCUACUUAGAAGACAUGCAACAUAAUCGAGGCAUCAUCUUGGAAACACUGACGAACCUUCAAACUUUGCAAUUCUCUCUGCCAACAAGCGACUCGAUAUCCACACUGCUGAUGCUUCUCAUGACUGUCACUUUUGACCUAGCGGAUAGAUUCGCAGACUGGGUACAAACUCAUCAACUCCAGGCUCCAUCACACAUCUCCGCAGAAGCAGUGAAGAAUCACCACGGAGAUGAAUUCAUGAGAGAUCUGGGGUCAAUCUCACAAACGAAGUCCCGUCUCUUUACAGCCUUAUGGGCCAUCCCAUCCCAAUCGCUUCAGAUCCCAAUCACUGCACCGCUAGGUCCAUUGCUGGAAUUCCUUAUUCUGCGGCAGAUGGUCCUCAACGCGACCCCACAAAGGUUCAAGGUGCUCAGCGAGUUUAACAUGAAGCAGCUAUUAGAUCGCGCAAGCUUGGCAUUUCUAUCAGUUCAGCAGCAAGGUGACUAUCUUAGCCUCAUAGCAAAGAGGUUUUGGGAAAUUGACGGACCGAAGGACUUCGAUCGAAUUAAAUGCCUAUUCCAGAUCACACGCCAGCUUUGGAAAAGUCUCUUGGAUGAAAGGGAGCAAGAAGAAGGGAGAGAUCGCUGGCAGCAAAUUUGGUCUGAGACUUUCUAUCUUGGGAACUCCUUCGGUCGAGAGUCUGGUGUGACGCACUUUGCGACACCCAGUGGUAGGACCUACACUACACACACAGAGUCUACAGAUCUUGUUGAGCCGAUCGAUUACAUUUGGAGCAUAGUACUCGAAGUCUCCAUCGAUAUCACGUCGCCUAGGCUGCCUUGGAUCGCAAGACGCGACAGCCACCAAUGCAUCGAGACUCUAGCUUUGUCUGAGAGAACCUGGGGAGCUGAGAUUGCAAUGGAUCUGAAGAACCUGUAUCAUAAAGUCAGGAAGCGGCCGCCAUAUCAUAGAAAUUACAUGGAUGGGACAAGCUUCGAGCUUGCAAGCCUGACAAUGUCUAUGAAUUUGCAAGAGUGGAAGAAGGCGCUUCAUGAGGCGUCGAGGCUGCUUCAGUGCUUCGCUGCCGAAGACGUCUGCGAUAAAGCUCAGGCUGUUCCCUGGCUACCGCCCACCGUCCCAUAUGAAGCGGAGGAUGUUCGUGUCCAUUCUAGCACUACCCUCAACCAGGUCGACACAGUUCUCUCCGAUCCUACCCACGGAGAAUGGCACACAUCGAUGAAAAACCAUGUGCAGAGUACUAACACUGCCGUGAAAAAGCUCGAUCGAUGGAUGGUCCCAACAAAUUACGAAGCCGUGUUUGACACACGAUAUAACGAUGCCAUUGCCGCGAGUAUUUCACUCUUGCUAUUCUUGGGUCAUAUCAGCGAUAAAGAAAAUGAUUUGGCAAACAUGAAAUUGGAUCGCGUCCGGUACCUUGGUCGAUGUGACGCAGGCCAUCUUGGUAGGCUAGCGCUAAUCUAUUGGCUUGCCCAGAAAUGGCCAGACGCAGGGUCAGGUGCCAUGGGUGCCGAAUCAAUGAUGACCAAGAAGACGGACAUGGAAACCACGCCGCGCACACGUAGGCUCUCGCUGAGUAAUGAGUUCGAUCGAGGACUCAAGUUCUGA